AUGUCACUCCAGUCGCCGCAGGUGGAUAACCUCACCCUGGACAUCGCCGUGCCGGAGGCCGAAUUCUCACAACGGGUCCGAAUCCGCUCCGUCCUGUGCCGUCCCGACGGUGAAGCAGGGCUGGCGGGCCAGACCGUCCGCAUUGGCGGAUGGGUGAAGACUGGCCGGGAGCAGGGGAAGGGCAGUUUCGCCUUUUUGGAAUUGAACGAUGGGUCCUGCCCGGGGAACUUGCAGGUAAUAGUGGACACCUCCGUUCACAAGCUCGCCGACCUGGUGCCCAUCUGCACGUGUGUCCAUGUCGAGGGCGAGCUCAAGGUUCCUCCCGAAGGCGCGAAACAGAGGAUUGAACUCAGGACCAAAUUGACUCUUGAGUUUCUGAGAGAUGUUGUGGUUCUUCGUCCCAGAACCAAUACUAUUUCUGCAAUUGCUAGAAUCCUCAAUGCUCUUGCGUACGCAACCCACACAUUCCAGGUUUUAGUACCAAAAGAGAUACAUCACACUCCUAUUAUAACAACUAGUGAUUGCGAGGGUGCUGGUGAAAUGUUUCAAGCCACAACCUUAAUUAGUGAUGUGGAGAAAUUGGAGAAGGAUUUGAAAGAGAACCCUGCUCCUUCAGAAGAUGACUUGAAGGUUGCUGAACUUGCUGUCAAAGAAAAAGGAGAAGCUGUUGCCCAACUAAAAGCAGCUAAAGCAAGUAAGCAAGAAAUUAGUGCUGCUCUUGCUGAGCUCACUAAGGCUAAAGAGAACCUAUCAAAGCUGGACGAACGAUUUAAACUUGGGGAGAGAUGUAAGCUUAGUGGUGGCAUUCCUAGGAAAGAUGGGAAGAUUGAUUAUUCAGAGGAUUUUUUCGCCCGCCAAGCAUUUUUAACUGUUUCUGGGCAACUUCAGUUUUGGAUGGUAGAGCCUGAAAUAGCCUUUGCUGAUAUAAAGGACGAUAUGAAUUGCGCAGAGGCCUAUGUGCAAUUUCUUUGUCAGUGGUUACUUGACCAUUGCUAUGAUGACAUGGAGAGUUCAUUGCCAAAGUGGGGGAAUGAUUUAGCAUCUGAACAUGAAAGGUACUUGACUGAAGAGAAAUUUAAAGCACCAGUCAUUGUGUAUAACUACCCAAAAGGAAUUAAAGCAUUUUAUAUGAAGGUUAAUAAAGACAAUAAGACAGUUGCAGCUAUGGAUGUUUGUACCGAAGCAAAGGAUAAGGUCAAUGUUGCUUGCUUCCAUCCUUCAGCAGAGGGUGGACUUGUAUAUGGAACCAAGGAAGGAAAGCUAAGGAUUCUUCGUUGUGAUCUUUCUCGUAGCUUUAAACAUGAAGGAUCUUGUUUUUCAGAUGAAAUCAUGUUUGAGAGUUAUUUAUUCUUGGGUUUCAAGCGGCCUUAG